CGUACUUCAGUACCAAAAGUACUUUAAGUACUUUACUUUAAGUACCACAAAUUUUCCGAUACUUAUACUUAAAUUUUUAAGUACUUUGAUUAAUACUGGUACUUAGUACUUAAAAGUAGUACUGAAUAUUCCAAAGUACUUAAAAUAGUUGCUUAAGUAAAAAAUUACUUUAAGUAUCCAAAAAUACUGGUACUUAACACUAAUGGAUUGAGUACUUAAACUUACAAGUACCAAGGUACUUAAUAUGUAGGUACUUAAGUACUUAUCCUAUUUAUAUCAAUGCUUCAUUCGAAAAAUACUGACGUUAGAGAAUAUAAUCAGGUAGUCAAAACAAGAGCUUACAUUUUGCUUAGUUGCGCUGCGCGUUUAAAAAUAAUUCCUUACUCAUUUUUCAUCUUUCGUUUCUGUGUGAUCGAUGGCGAAGCAGUAUUAUUCCAGUCGUCGUGUUGUGUAAUUUGUAGAACGGUAUAAGUAGUAUAUGGUUUGAUAAUAUAUGGACACAUACAAAUGUGAAAUGAAUGCUUAUGAUGAUGACAUGGACAGUCUUCCUGACCCAUUUCAUGCGUCUGGAGAAGACGAUUCAGAUUAUAUCCCUGAAACCGAAUCAGCAGACAGCAGAAAGCAAGUUUCGCUCAAGCACUACUUUGCGUCCUCAUCGCGACCAAAGCCGUUACCCACUACAAGCAGUACCUGUACCAGUGACUUAAGCAAUAGCGACGAAAGCCAUGGUCAAUCACUAAAUAAGCACAAACUUCCACCAAUUCUGGAUGGCAAAUUCUUCCAAAUUAUUAAUACGGAUGAAGUGACCCACCACAUACAAGCGCAAUGCCAACUCUGCUUGCCAAAUAAGGCGAUAAUUAAAGGUUCUUUGAACAUUACCACCAAUUUUCUCAAACACCUUAAAAAAAAGCAUUCAAAUAAGUAUGAUUGCUACAUUCAAUAUAAAACAGAAAAGAUUACUUUAAAUCGUCAACAGAAGCGUACUUUAAGUAUUAGUGACUCCUCUGCAGAGAAAAACUUAAAAAAGCAAGUAACCAUUCAUUCAGUUUUAAAAAAAAGCCCACGCAAAAGUUGUUUGAUGAGAGAAUAAUAAAGUUUAUAAUUGACACAAUGUCACCAAUUUCAAUCAUUUCGCAUGAUAGUUUUAAAAACAUGUUCGAAGGUAUGAAUGUUCAUAUUAUGGAUCGCUCAGUAGCAGUUAAAAAAAUUAAUGUAAUGUAUGAGAACACUUGCAAUGAUCUGAAACUGGAAAUUUCUAAAGUAGGCCAUGUGUGUACCACGGCAGACAUUUGGUCUUCAAAAAGCCGUAGUUUCUUAGGCGUGACUUGUCAUUGGCUCAACGAAGAUCUGCAACGACGUUCUGUGGCCUUAGCAUGCUCAAGGUUUGCGGGUACACAUUCUUACGAUAGGGUUGCUGAGGCUUUAGAUGAUAUACAUAAACGGUUCCAUCUUGAUACGAAUAAAAUUUUGGCCACUGUGACUGACAAUGGUUCUAAUUUUGUCAAAUGUUUUAAAGAGUUUGGUUGUAACAUCGAUACAAUAAAUGACGAAUAUACUGGUAUAGAAGAAGACGACGAGGAAGAUAAUUCUGAUACGAUGAAACCUUGCAUUCAAAGUGACGAUGAGUACUGUACGUUUUUAACUCUUGAUUUAAGCGAAACACAGGUGGACGUAGAAAAGAAAUAUUUACCUCAACAUGUGCGUUGCGCGUCACAUACCAUAAAUCUUAUAGCCACAACGGAUUAUAAUAAUUCAUUGAAGAUAUCUAAUGCACUAAGACUAAAAAAUACACAAAUUUUUUCCAAGUGUUCUAAGUUAUGGAACAAAUCCGGUCGCCCAAAGUCUGCAGAAGUAAUCAAGCAUUUUCUCGGUCACAAUUUGACUAUCCCAGGAGUUACUAGGUGGAAUUCAACAUAUGAUGCUGUAUGUAAAAUCGUUUCUAUAAAAGAAAAAUUAGCCCCUUUGUGUGAUAAGCUCAUGAUACCAGGGUUUAAGCAAAGCGAAGUAUCAUUUCUAGAAGAAUAUAUCACAAUCAUGCAGCCUCUUGCAGAAACACUGGAUUUCCUUCAAGGGGAGCAAAACACAUAUUAUGGAUAUUUGCUUCCGAGCUUAGUGUCCAUGAAAACAAAACUGCAAAAAAUAAAAUCGUCUGGAAAGAUAAAACAACUAUAUUCACCUCUGGAGGCAAUAAUUAAUUCCGUUGAGCAAAGGUUUAAAGAUAUAUUUUCCUUGAACAUGAAUUCAAAAACUGCUGUGAUUGCGGCAGUUGUAUGUCCAAGAUUUAAAAUGAGAUGGUACAGUGCCUUUAAGGUGACUACAAAUGAUAUUCCUUCGUUUAAAGAAAUCCAAGGGUGGGUCGUUGCCGCAGUCGAAAGUUUUAUAGAAGAAACAAAAAAAAAAGUAACAGUUGUAUCGGAGUCAGAUGAUCCUUUUUUCGAUUUUCAGGAGGACGAAUCCGAAAUAGAACUACCAAGACUGAAAAAUGAUAUAGAUGCUAAUACAAAUGCUUCCUUGAGCGAGUUAGAAGUUUUGAAAUAUUUGAACGAUACAAGAAUUACUUUAGAUAUGUUGAACGAUUAUAAAUAUAUCAAACAGGUUUUUUUAAAGUUCAACACAAUUUUACCAUCAUCGGCGUCCGUGGAGCGCCUCUUUUCUUUUGCUCAAAUUGUGAACGCCCCAAGAAGAAAUGCUUUAAGUGACCAAAACUUUGAAAAGUUGGUAGUCCUUAAAGCAAAUCUCAAAUAAAUGUUUAUUAACUCUCGUCUGAAACUUGGCGAGGUGCUUUACUUUAAGGUAACAUAAAACGUUUGUUGUUUCUUAUACGCUAGCAUUUGGGCCGUUCCCAAACGCGCAUGUUUAUUUGUUAUAUUGGACCUUUUCACUCGAAGCAGAACACCUUUGAUAAGAUUAAAACAAAUUAAAUUAUAUUAAGUAAUACCUACCUUGUUUAAUAUUUUUAUCAAUUAAGUAUUGUUUUUAAAAAAGGAAACAAAGUAUAGUUUCCCAAAACGUAGAAUUACAUUUAUUCCUAUUUCCUGAAGAUAUCUUAUUUACAUAUUAAUACUUAAUGUGUCUUGUAUUGUAUUGUAUAUCUAUAGCUAUGUGUUAAUAAAUUUUUUUUAAUAUACAGCGUUUAAACGUAAAUACUGGUACUUAAUGCUUAUUAAGUACAUCGAUACUUAAUACUGAAAUACAUUUUUAUGGUACUUGUAACGGCACUGUUCCUGUACUCAGUAAUUACCAAUACUUAAUACUUCAAUCCUUCAUUUAAGUACCGUGAGGAGUACUGAAUAGUCUGUACUUCAUUUUGUUCUAUUUAAGUACUAUGUACUUAAAAUUUUAAGUACCGCUUGAAAUAUUGGUACUGGUACUUAAUACUUGUUAUAUUUUUCUAUAUACUGGUACUUAAUACUUCAGUACAUUUUUAUG